AGAAAUGUGGAUUGUUUACCUUUUCAAUCUGUCUUUGAAUACGAGGAUUUUCGAUUAAAAUAAGAUGUCAGGAACAAGCGUCACGGGGGAGGACGAGGAGAAGCAGAGAUGCCCUGCUGGUGCUGAUCCACAGAGUUCUCCCACCUUCACCUGCGAUGACACCUCGCACUCUUUACCUGAGAGAUUGGAUUCGGAACCAUCCGUUGUCGCUAUGGAGACAAGCCCCUCCCCUUCUAGUAAUGGAACAAGCCUUCUGUCGUUGCCAUGGGAGAUCGUUUCCCAGAUCGCCUCACAUCUCCCGGCAAAGUGUGUCAUUAAUGUGCUGCCGCAGGUUUGUCAGACGUUGGGAAAGCUUAGUGAGGAUCGCUUGGCGUGGCAGCUUCGGGCUCAUAAACUCUUGAGUCCCGCAGCAUCUUUCCCAGUCGGGCCAAAGGAAGAUUUUGAUUGGUCCAAGGCCUGGUCCAAGUUGGAAAUGGAGCAGCUGAUUGGCUGCUGGGCAGGGCAUGAGAAUCAGGCAGAGAGACAGGAAACAGCGGGAGAGAGACGGGAAGAGGCAGCUGACGUGGUGAACGGUGAAGCGAGUGAGUCAUCCAGCACUUCUUCACCCUUGGAGCAUGUCAUCCUUCCUUCUGGCCACAUUGCAGAUGUGAAUUGUGUCCUACUUCUGGGUAGAAAUGAGGCAUUGUGCGCCUCCGGCUCUAGGGACAGAAACGUGAACCUGUGGGACCUUCGAGAGGGGCCCAGAGGCAAGUUAAUUCAUACGCUAGCGGGACGCGGGACCAUUAGUACCCACCGGGGCUGGGUGUGGUGCCUGGCCUCCAGCGGACCUCUGCUGGCGUCUGGCUCGUUUGACAGCACCGUCAGGCUCUGGGAUCUUGAAGCCGGAGGAGCAGAACAGCGGCUCAUCCAGUCCAAAGCUGCUGUGUUAUGUCUGUCCUGCGAGAGGGACAUGGUGCUGGCCGGAUCACAUGAUCAGAAAUUAAGCAUCUUUGAAACCCGAGCUGCAGAUCCACUGGUCAAGAGUCUUCGUCUUCACACUGAUGCUGUGUUAUGCCUGGCGUCUGAUGACCAGUACAUCUUAUCAGGAAGUAAAGACCACACCGUCACUCUGUUUGACCGCAGGGCAGGGAAACUGCUGCAGAAAGUUCAGCUGAGCUCCUACCUGCUGUCUCUGUCCUACAGUGCUCGAGAGGUGUGGGCCGGGGAUAACCGUGGACUCGUGCACACCUUCUCCAUGCACAACAGCUCCCUGACGCCCAUAUCUCAGGUUAACAUCCACAGGUCACUGGUCACAGGCGUACACUACUCUCCUGGUGCUCUCUACACGUGCUCGUCUGACCGCACUAUCAAGGUCCACCUCCCAUGUGCUCCACCCAAGACACUGUGCACCCUCCACCAUCAGGCAGGGGUUAAUGGGUUAAGUGUUGAAGGAGGAACGCUGGCCAUCGCUUCCAGUGACAUGAAUGUGGAAGUCUGGAGGCCCAGAUGCUGAGAGUCUAAAAGCAUUUGAUUGCAGGGAACAACAGGAUCCAAUCAGUUCUUCAACUCUGUAUUUCCAGGAAUUUAUCAAUCCAUUAUUCUUUAAUUUGUUUAAUUUUACUGAACAAAAAAAGAUGAUGAAUGUUUAAGGUGUCUGAUACAUGUUUUUAAUGAUUCUAGAAACUAUAUGACAUUCACAGUUUUUCAUCAUUCUCUAUGAAGAAUAUACUACGACUGCACACUCAAGUGUCCAAAAACGUUUCAGUGCUUCGUAACACAGGAACACCUUUUGUGAUUUGUGUGAUCAAUACUUGAACAUUUCAACAUAAUCAAUGCUUAGACUGAAGACUCUCUGAAGCACACAUAGUAUACAAUCUACAAAUGAGGCACAAUGCUUUAAAAUGGAUGCACUUCAUGACCAUAGCAAACUACUAAAUAUCCUAAUGAAAAAUGUUUACAUUUAUGAAUUAUGUCUAGUUAUUAUUGCAGACAGUGCUGUUGUAUUGUUCUGUGACUGAUUGAAUGUCCCGUGAUCAAAUCCCCUUUCUUGUUUGUUUGGUUUUUAACAAAUCUUUAUAAAUGUUCAAUUUGAUAAUUGA